AACAAUAUCUGUUUCGAUUUAUUUUGUGCUUGUAUUAUCAAAAUUAAGCGCGUUUGUGGCAUAAAAUGCAUUUAAUAAUACGACUGAAUUGAGAAUAUAAGCGUGGGAAUUGCAUACAUUAUUUUAAUCAAGAAAAUUGUGGUUAAAAUCGAAAAAUAAACAGUGGCCCUAUCGGGUAUGUCAGAUGCAUUCAAAUGGUCGUGAGCAGUCGAGGGGCGCAGUAGUCUUCUCACUGCAUAUCGUAUUACUUCAAAACAUUGAGCCCACAGGUGCGGUACCCUGAGCGCACAAAUCAAUAUCAUGAUCGAAUGAUAACCUAGCAGUUUCUGGAAAACGUUCUAGUCUACUUCUUCCAUUAGAAUACCCACGAAUUUUAUUUGGACUUUAGUGAAAGACUUUCAAUAUGUUCAGUGAAUCUUAUGAAAGAAGGCUGCUGCAGCAGUGCAGCCCUGUGAGCAGGAAACAGUCUGUGCUGGUCAGGCCAGAACCUAUGGAUAGAUUUAUUCCAUGCAGAUUGGAAAAUAAUUGGCAGACAAGUUUUCAAGCAAUCCGCCGCGGCACAGAGAACCAGCCAGCCAAGAAAGCGCGCAGCGAAGGCAACGCCGAGAACGCUACCAACGGCCGCGAUCACCUCGCCUACGGGUGCUUGCUACGUAACGAGUUGCUAGGCGCCCAGAUUGAAGAGCUACGAGGUCCCCCCACGGCAUGUUCGGAGGGGAACCGGGCGGCGUUGGGCGCCGUGCAGUUAGCUUCAGCUGCAAGGGCAGCACUGGCCUUCUCACCGCCAGUGUUUCGGUUUAGAGCGCCGGCGCAUAAUGCUGAGGAAAAUAUAGACCCGGCUCCAUACAGCCUCUCACCUGUCUCGGCGAAAUCUCAGAAGCUGUUGCGGUCCCCGCGCAAAGCCACUAGAAAGAUCUCACGGAUACCUUUUAAGGUAUUAGAUGCGCCAGAUUUACAAGACGAUUUCUACCUCAACCUAGUGGAUUGGUCGGCACAGAAUGUACUCAGCGUCGGACUCGGCAGUUGCGUCUACCUGUGGAGCGCGUGUACUAGCCAGGUCACCAGGCUCUGCGACCUGUCAUCAGAGGGCAAUACAGUCACAUCGGUGGCGUGGAGCGAGCGGGGGCACUUGGUCGCCGUGGGCACGCAGAAGGGGCACAUUAGUGUAUGGGAUGUGUCCGUUAAUAAGGAGGUAUCAAAGUUACAAGGUCACGUUGCCCGUGUGGGUGCUCUAGCGUGGAACGGUGACAUGCUCAGCUCUGGGUCCCGAGACAGGCACAUACGGCAGCGGGAUACGAGAACGCCACCCACACAAGCGUCCCGAGUGUUACAAGGGCAUAGACAAGAAGUGUGCGGUCUAAAGUGGUCUCCCGACGGUCAAUCGCUAGCGUCUGGCGGCAAUGAUAAUAAACUCUUCGUGUGGUCUAUGCACUCCACAUCACCCGUGCAAACGUAUUCCUCCCACGUGGCCGCUGUGAAGGCGAUAGCCUGGUCGCCCCACCAGCACGGGCUGCUCGCCUCGGGCGGUGGUACAGCCGAUCGGUGUAUACGAUUCUGGAACACGCUUACAUCGCAGCCGAUGCAGUGUGUUGAUACCGGCUCACAAGUGUGCAACCUAGCUUGGUCGAAGCACUCGAGCGAGCUCGUGUCGACGCACGGCUACUCGCAGAACCAGAUACUCGUGUGGAAGUAUCCGUCGCUCACACAGGUGGCGAAACUAACGGGACAUUCCUACAGAGUAUUAUAUCUCGCGCUAUCUCCCGACGGCGAAGCUAUAGUAACAGGCGCGGGCGAUGAAACUCUGCGUUUCUGGAACGUUUUCUCGAAAACACCAUCCCACAAAGAGAAUAAAAGUGUACUCAACUUGUACACGGCGUUGAGAUAAGGUGAUGGUAGAAAAUGUAGGCGAUUUGGUAGAAAUUACUGUCAAACGGAGUGGACGUGGUAGAAAGAGUCGGCGAUUUGGUAGAAGUAACUGUCAAAUGUGGGGGUAGAGAGUGCAUAAAAUUUGGUAGAAACUUCUAUCAAUUGGUGAAAAUGGUUGUAUGUGAUUUGGUAGAAACUGUGCGGACAUUUUGAUGUUGGUUAAUAUCGUUCAUUAUGCAAAUUGGUUCUUUGAGAACUAUUGUUUUCGGAUUUUUUUACACACACAGUACAAGUGCAACGGUUUUUACAACAUCGGUUCGUUUACGGCAUAAUACUAUAAUACGUGCGGUGUGGCCAAUCGGCAUAGACAAUUUGCCAAAACAGUUUGGUUUGUGAUCGUGUUAUUUUUAGAUGUAUUUAGCGAAUAUUUCGUUACGCAGCUUUUGUUUUAGUUCUAUUUGUAUUUAUUUUCGAAUUUAUAUUUGCGUAAAUGAAGGUGAGAGAAUCGUGCCGUUUCGCUCUAGCGUACAUGCGUUUCAAUGUUUUAGAGUGAGACGGGUGAUUGUCGAAUCUUUCCUCUUUAAUUAUGGUAUAAUAUAAAAAAGAACUUUGCUACAAUAAUACAAAAUAUACUAAAAUCAUAUGGAAUUACUUGUGUUAAGUUUGUUAUCUGCUAAUGUAUUAACCAAUCAGACCAUUUUUUGACGUCAUUUUGACGAAAUUUCAUUGGUCGUUUAAAAUUUUGAUUGUUUUUUAAUUUUCUAUGGCGGAUAACAAAUGAACAUUUUCUUUUGAACUAUUUGUACAUUUGUUUGUGUAUCGAAUUUACAUGUUAUAUGUAUUUGUAUCAUUAAUUGUGUAUAUUUAUUGUGAUAUUUACUAUAUUUAUGAUUUUUCAUACAUAUUUUAAUAAUGUUGUUAAUACAAAGAAAUCGUGUUUAUAGUAAAUAUCUAUUUAGUAGUUAUUUACACAAAUUUGAUUAAGCUGUAUAUUUUGAUCGUUUUAUCAUUUUCGAUUCAAUUUUUUCGUAUAUAUUUGGUCUUGUAUUAAAUUGUGUUAUUAUACUACGCGGCAUGUUUUGCGGUGAAAUUAUAAGUGUAACAUAAAUGGAAGCUUUUCUUUAAGCUAAGGAAAAUAUAUAUUUUCAUAUAAAAUAUCCGCGUAGCAUAUUAAAAGAUAUUCUUAUAAAAAAUUGUGUCUAAAAUUUCGAUUUAAAGUUGUAUUUGCUUUAUAUAUCAAUUUCGGAUUGAAAUUAAAUGCAAUGAUGAAUUGUAUAUUAUGUAUAAAUUCUUGUGAUGUUAUGUAUCAAUUUAUGCUCUGGAUACACGGAAUAAAAGGCUUGUGCAUGCUUCAUACAAGUUGCAUGCACAAACCUUGCGUGUAGACAAAACAUAAUAAAUAAGGCCCCUUAUUCACAAGUCGUAAAAUUACGACUAGUGUGUGACGAGCCUUAUAUUUCACGAUAAAUUUUAUCGUGCUUUUUUCAAAGUUUUAUUAAUAUUAGUUUAGCAGAUAGUUUAACAUAACAUUGUAACAAGAACACCGAUUAGAUAUAUUGCACUAAAUAAUAAGUACCUGUAUAUAUUUAUGAACAUUAUUUAACAAUUCACAUAAUUACUUAAACAAAUUAAUAUUCCCUUGCCUUUUAGAGGAACGUAGUUUAAGUUUUUUUCUAGCAUUUAUUAGGAUAUAACAGAGCUUGGAAAAUAUUAAAUGGAGGUACCUCUUAUGAUCUCAUUACUGUCAAAAAAUUGAAAAAAAAAAAAAUGGAAAAAUCUGGAAAUCUAUUGUUGUGUGCUAUAUUUAUUUUUGAUUUAGACUAAAUUAUUGCGUAGCUUAAGAUCCGCUCGAGGCGGGAACAAAAAAAAUAUUGUCGUCUCUUUCUCACAUAGUAGAAUAGAAAGAGACGUGUGUAUUCCACCGUUUCUCCCGCCACGAGUUAUUUCGAGGUACCCUCUUCUAAUAAGAUGUUUUUUUUUCAUAUAUUGUAAAUUCCUAUUAGAUAUAUAAUUUGAUUGGAUUUGUGCAAUGUAGAGUGUAGACGCGGUUAUAAUCUCUGUUUCUGCUGAGCCAAAAAUGGUGAUGCUCAGCGGAGGUGAUAGUCGCUGUAGCUUAAGAGGUGUGGUCGAAACCAAAUAAAAUUUUUUUCUUCGUGUUAUUAACAUGUGUGUUUUUUGGUAUUUAGUGUUCAACACUAAUAGUCACUAAAAAUGUUAAUCUGCCUUGGAUUGAUGAUUAUCAUUUAUCCCAUCGAGAUAUACGUAUUAAGAAAUUUAAUUUUCAUUAUCUGUCUCUAAUCUCUAUGUUUAUUUUUUUAUUUUUUUAUUUCUUUUCCACCACCAUACAAUAGUUUCUUUCUGUGACUGUCUUUUCCCGUUUCCACAUUUUCUGUCAUAGCUUAGCAUACUUAAAUAAAGAAUUAUGUAAUACAAGUAGGUUAAGUAGAUAUUAUAAAAAAUUCAAUUUACCCAUCUAAAUAUACCCAAAUAUUGUUUAAAUUAUAAUUUUCUCAACAUAAGUUAAUCAUGUUUUAAGUAUUAAAAAGUUUAAGAUGAAAAACAUAUAGUGAAACAUAGACCUUUAUUAAGGUCGUGUAAGAAUGCGAAAUUACAUUCGAUUCAAGGCAUAUUAUUUAAAUUAAUAUUUAAAAAUAACGACCGCUAAUAAUAAGAAAAUAUAACAAGAGUGCACGCUGUAAUAUACGAUUUAAAAUUAAUGCGGUUAGUCCCGUUAUAUAAAAGAUAUAUUUAUACAUAGAGAAAAAUAAUAUAUUGAUGCACUAUGUAAAGAUAGACUGAUAUAGAAAUAACAUGUAAUUUAAGUGUUCAUGUAAUCUGUAUUGUAGAUUAAAUAUUAAACUGUGUGAUUUAUC